AUGCCCUUAGUGAAGAGGAACAUCGAGCCCCGGCACUUGUGCCGGGGAGCCCUGCCCGAGGGCAUCACCAGCGAGCUCGAGUGUGUGACCAACAGCACCCUGGCCGCCAUCAUCCGCCAGCUGAGCAGUCUGAGCAAACAUGCUGAGGACAUAUUCGGAGAGUUGUUUAAUGAGGCCAACAAUUUCUACAUCCGCGCAAACUCUCUACAGGACAGGAUUGAUCGUCUCGCUGUUAAGGUCACCCAGCUGGAUUCCACUGUGGAAGAGGUGUCACUACAGGAUAUCAACAUGAAAAAAGCUUUCAAAAGUUCCACAGUCCAGGACCAGCAGGUGGUUUCAAAGAACAGCAUUCCUAAUCCUGUUGCUGACAUUUACAACCAGAGCGAUAAACCACCUCCUCUGAACAUCCUUACACCGUACAGAGAUGAUAAGAAGGAUGGGCUGAAGUUCUAUACUGAUCCUUCCUAUUUCUUUGACCUCUGGAAAGAAAAAAUGCUACAGGACACGGAAGACAAAAGGAAAGAGAAAAGACGUCAAAAGGAGCAAAAGCGUAUAGAUGGCACAACCCGGGAGGUGAAAAAGGUUAGAAAAGCCAGAAACAGGCGCCAAGAAUGGAAUAUGAUGGCGUAUGACAAAGAGCUUAGACCCGACACCAGGUUAUCACAGAGCACACACCACGGAGCGUCUUCUGAAGGAUCCUUGUCCCCAGACACUAGGUCCCACGCAUCAGAUGUCACGGAUUACUCGUACCCGGCCACCCCCAACCACUCUCUGCACCCGCAGCCCGGGACCCCUUCCUACGGAGCAGGUGAUGCGCCGCCCCAUGGGCCGGCAGCCCAGGCCCCCGAGCAUGAGUUCCGGCCCCCUUCGGCCUCAGCCCGACACCUGGCCCUGAACAGGCCCCAGCAGCCCCCGCCGCCCCCACCGCAGGCUGCAGAGGGCCCCCAGGCCCCCGCGCCUAUGGCUCCAGCCGACUACGGGAUGCUGCCGGCUCAGAUCACGGAGUAUUACAGCCCCUCGGGACCCCCGCCGCCCCCGCCCCCACCCGUGAUCCCCUCCGCACAAACUGCUUUCGUCUGCCCCCUCCAGAUGCCCCUGCAGCCCCCCUUCCCGGCCUCCGCCGGCUCCGCCUAUGCCGGCCCUCCCCACCCUCCCUCCGGUGGGCUUGUGGUCACGGCCCCGCCGCCCCCGGGCCCCCCGCCGCCCCCGCCCGGCCCUCCAGGUGCCGGCUCCUCGCUCUCCUCCUCCCCAAUGCAUGCCCCCCCGGGGGCCGAGGCCAAGAGGCAGGAGGCCCCGCAGCCGCCGGUCAGCGACGCCCGCAGCGACCUGCUCGCCGCCAUCCGGAUGGGGAUUCAGCUGAAGAAGGUGCAGGAGCAGCGGGAGCAGGAGGCCAAGCGCGAGCCGGUGGGCAACGACGUGGCCACCAUCCUGUCCCGGCGCAUCGCCGUCGAGUACAGCGACUCGGACGACGACUCGGAGUUCGACGAGAACGACUGGUCCGACUGA